UGGCCGCGCGUCCCGGGGGCCCGGGUGCGCGCGGGGGCGGCGGGGUCGCGGCGCGGCCCCCCCCACCCCGCCCGCAGCGGCGCUCUAUUUUUAGCAGGCGCUGUUGCAAUAUAAGGAAUGCGCGGCGCGCCAGGCGCUCGGGGCGCGCGCGGGCUGCGCGGUCGCUUUAAGGAGGCGCCGGGGCGGGGACGGGCCGGAGCGGCCGGAGGGCCGGCGGGCCGGGAGCCGCCAGUCCGGCUGCAGUGGGGCCGGGCGGGCGCGGCGCUGCCUCCUCGGCCGCGCGAGCAUGGAGGCGGCGGCCUGAGGGCCGGAGCCGAGCCGGGGCUAGAGCGCGCGGUGAGUGGUCGCAGCCGCCGAGGCGGGGAGGGGGCCCGGCGCUUUGUUCCGGGCGGGAGGUGUGGCCGCCCCCCGGGCCCUGCGGCGCUCCCCACGCGCGGCGUGAGCCCUGGGACUGGCGGGGAGUGGCCUUUUGCUCCCACCGCAGGCUCCGGCAUAACGCUGUGCGAGCGAGAAAUCCGCCACAAUAGAGACCCCAGUGGGGAGGGCCUGUCCGCCGCCCAGAGAGCCCCUUUCACGGAACCGCCCUAGGAUUUCUGGUCUGCCUGGGUCUGACCUAUCAGAAACAUGGCAACCAGUGCCGUCCCCAGUGACAACCUCCCCACGUACAAGCUGGUGGUGGUGGGAGAUGGGGGUGUGGGCAAGAGCGCCCUCACCAUCCAGUUUUUCCAGAAGAUCUUUGUGCCUGACUAUGACCCGACCAUCGAAGACUCCUACCUGAAACAUACGGAGAUUGACAAUCAAUGGGCCAUCCUGGACGUUCUGGACACAGCCGGGCAGGAGGAGUUCAGCGCCAUGCGGGAGCAGUACAUGCGCACAGGGGACGGCUUCCUCAUCGUCUACUCGGUGACAGACAAGGCCAGCUUCGAGCACGUGGACCGCUUCCACCAGCUCAUCCUGCGCGUCAAGGACAGAGAGUCAUUUCCGAUGAUCCUCGUGGCCAACAAGGUCGAUCUGAUGCAUUUGAGGAAAAUCACCAGGGAACAAGGAAAAGAAAUGGCAACCAAACACAAUAUUCCGUACAUAGAAACCAGUGCCAAGGACCCACCUCUCAACGUCGACAAAGCCUUCCAUGACCUGGUGAGGGUAAUUAGGCAACAGAUUCCGGAAAAGAGCCAGAAGAAGAAGAAGAAAACCAAAUGGCGGGGAGACCGGGCCACCGGCACCCACAAACUGCAGUGCGUGAUAUUGUGACGGGCCUGAGACCCUGGCCACAGUGACCGUGAACUGGCCGGCCCUCGGGACCCUCCACUGCCUAACCGCACUGAAAACCAUUUCUAACCAUGACCCUUGGCCCGAGGACCUGGCACGGGAAGGGAGAAAGGGAGGGUGGGCAGGAAGGAGAUAUGCUCCGGCUUUGCCAAAAGGGCACAGGCUUUCCCGUGGCUCGUAAGAGACCGGGAAGCAACGCUAAACAGAAGCAGCACCCAAGCCCCUCGAGUUGAUUCAACCCGGUUCCUCCCCGUCUCUCUCAGUGGCUACGUUGUUUCUUUGAAGUACACAGUAUUGAUUUGACAUUGAAGGGUGUACCUCAGACAAAGUACCAAACAAGCCAUGAUCAAUUCCCCGCCGGCUCCAGCCUCCAACCCAAAGUGUCUGAGCUUGGGUGUCUUUUUUAGAUUUUUAAAUUAUUUUAGUGAUUAUUAUUUUAUUAAAGGGGUCUGUGCCCACUGACUGGUGGAGCUUUAAGUCUUCAGCAGGCCUCUCUGAGAACAUGUCUGGAAUAUUGUUGUUGUUGUUGUUGUUGUUUUUAACUGAGUUUUCCCAGCAGUGCCAAAACUCAGCUCAACAUGGAAGUGGAGGGACUGAGAGCCUGGAAGUUAACGAGGACUGUGGCUGGAGGCCUCAGGAUGAACACCCCACUCGUAGCCUCCAAGCUGGAGAGAAGAGAGAUGCAUUCACCCAGAAGGUUCUGCUGUGUUUGAGGGUGUAGGUAUUAGGAAAUGGAAUUUUAUUUUGCUGAGCGGAGAGGCUGGCACAGGCGUGUCAGUUUUAAGAAGGUUUUUUCUUAUCCUUUUUAAAUGUAUAAAUUAAGCUGAUUGGCUUUGCAGAGGGGUUCGUUUACUUUUCAGAUAGUGCAGAUUCCAUUCUGUGCUCUGAGGGCUCUCCCGAAUCUGUCUCUUCCCGCUUUCUCACGGCCUGUGCUGCCUGGUGCCUCUCGGAUACAGACACACUGACAUGGGCAUGUACGUUUCAACACGUCACAGUGAGCUCAUGUGGGAGCCAUCCAGAAAACUCGAGUUCGUGCUGAAUCUUAACCAAAAACGAUCCAAUACUGUUAUUACUAAAACAGCAGCAAGACCUGAAGCCAUUUUCCCUUUCAGUCCACUGACUGACUACUACUUCUUAAAGCCCAGUAAAUGAGCAAACCCCUCGAAGCAUUUGCAAACUUAAGAUUCGCUUGCCUUCCUGGCACACACUUUUCUUAACCUCUCGGAUCUUAACUAUAACGUAUAAUUAAAGGAGAAAGGAGGAUUGGGGUGAUGCCAUGGCUCCCAUACACCUAUGUCUGCAAGGGGACACUCCCCCAGCAUCCUGACAAUGCCACUUCCCUCUCGGGUGCUUCUGAGUGAUUCAAAGGCUGGGUUUUCCCAGCCAGGGUGCUUGGAGAGACAGCAAGAACAGCAGCGCACCGCUGAGAGGAGGUCGAAAGACCAGGUAGCACAGCUAACGACCUUCUUUCCCCUGUGAUACAAGUCAGAUCACUAGGCAAACUAGAACAGCCCCAGCAGGUGGCCUGGCCACUCUGUGGAGGAAGAAACCCUGGGAAAGUGAGCACCCAACUGGACAUGAGACACCUGGAUUCUUCUCUGGUUUUCAAAGUGUGCUGAGUUCCUAACUCAGCAAGAUCACCAGCCCCAGGGGCCCACCUGAGGCAUGAUUCUGUGUAGAAUGAAAUAAUUGGGACUUUUGUUAAUUAGAAAAUCAAACUCCUUUAUUUGUCUAAAGGGGCCUUUUUGGCCUGACCCUAAAAGGAAAGAUAACAAAGAGCGUUCCAGAUGGAGCACUUCAGAGUGUCCCAAGAUCCUGUAGUGUGAAUGGACAUUUUAAACACUAACAGAACAAGGCUCUUUCCAGCCCUUAUGCUCCUCUGAGCCGAGUCCGCAGCAGCCCCGUGUGCGGACGAGACGAGGAGGCGGCAGCAAGAUGGGGGGAAGAAGUAAGGACGGAGAUGCUCCGUGGCGAAGGGGUGGUGGGCAGCGGCCGCUGCUGGAAAACUAGCGGGCACGGACCACCUCUAGCAUGCCCCUGCCCCCUGCCCUCUGCGGAUCCUGUGACUCCACGGCUGCCCUGAGUGGGGGGUCCCAUUGGAAGCUGAUCGGCUGACAUAGAAUGAAUUCCUUAGCCACGAAGGUCACCAGACAAAGGGGUUCCAUCUGCUUCUGAUCCCAGCAGUGCUCCUGCCCACCUGGCCCCAUCUUCCAGAACAUCCUUCCUGCAGUCAGCCCACAACUCAGCUCCGUUCUUCAAGGGGGAAACUGGUUAAGGAAAGGCCGCCUGCUGCUGAGUCUGGGGUCAGCCUUCAUUGUCCGUGACCUCGUGUUGCCCACAGAUAAAUAACACUUUUAAAAGACAGGUCUGUGUUUUAGAGAACUGUGGGCCCUUAUGGCAGUGAGGGCUUCCAGAUAGGCCAGAAUGGAGUGUACCCUGGGGCAUCCCCAGCACAGUACCUCUCCAUGGCCACAUGGCAGAGUCUGUCGGAACAUCAGGUGGCCAUGCUACUCUGUGACUGAGGAGCCCAUUGGGGCUCAUCUUUGGUGAAAUUUUCGUGUUUCCGCUGGUUCUCCAGACCACCUGAAUAGUGCUACCUUUACAUCUGGAAUACACCCUUCCUGAACCUCCCCACCCCAUGCCUUUGCCCCUGUGUGCUCUCAGAUUUCCUCCUAAAAUUUUGACAACCCCAAUUAGAGGGCUACUUUUCUCUCCAGCAGGUAAUCUUAGCCAUCUUCCCGACCCCUAUAGCCUGGGGCUCUGGCUACUGGCUUCUCCUGUACUUUGCCACACGGGGGUCACUUGGAUGGCUUUUCUUAGGACUUGGACCCCACCUCGUGUUGCUUGCUGUGGAGAGUGCCUGGGAGCCGAGUGUGGCCUGUCUCACUUUGCCAAGAGAUGUGACCCACGAACACAUGGCAGCUCUGACCCAAAGGCCCCUCAGACACGUGACAGUCAAUCUGGAGCCACAGACAGAGUCCUUCCAUUAGCAGCCCAUUGGGUUAGAAAUUCCAUGUUGGGUUUACUUAGAACAAAAGAUACUUGAAUUGUUGAGCGCCCAUGAGCGCACAGCUUCUGCUACCCAGUAUUACCGGAUGGCCAUUGUUGUGACAGGAGAGUGAUGCCUGAGGGUCUUGACGAUGCUUGAGCCUUUUAUGUAACUUUUUAUCAAGUCUUUGUGUAGCUCAACCCAUUAAUAAAGAAAAGAAGAGCA